AUGUCAGAUAACACUACAAGUGGUAGUGGUGCGCUGGUAGUCUGGAGCAGCGCGGGACGACGGCUACAGUUUUCCAGGCAAGACUUGUCUAUGCCAGAGCACAUUCAUAAACUUCCCAAGUGUGAUUUCUUCAAGAAACAGUGGGAUAAAGUUGCUGACUUUUGGUUUAAUCGCGUUCUGAAGGAGACGGCUUUACAGCGAAUGCAGGUCAGUGAUAUUGUGGCAUCCAUAGAAAAGGACAUCGAGCGUCGUUGGCAACACCGAAAAGCCGAAAAAGCCCUAUACAAGAAAAAAAAACGUCUGCUUGUUAGGGAUGGGCCUGCUGGAAGGCCAUCCACAAAGAUUCUGAUUACCAAUAUUUGUAGUUUGACAUCAUUUUUAUCAUCUUCUGAGAUGGAUAAGCAUGAGCUGGUUAAGAAUAUUUUAAAGCAGGUAGAGACAGUGUGUAAAGGCAUUGUACACGAUGUGCAAAUUUUGAUUGAUGACAAUUCUUCUUCAAAACUAGACGAAACCGCUAUGAAAAGGAUGGCUGUAGAAGGGGAGGGGAAGCGUGAAGCAGUGGAGAAGGAAUUUGAUGACCACGUUGCGAUUGUGUGCACCCUGGAGUCUAAGGAGAAAGCGGCACUUGCGAUUGCAAAUCUGCACGGGGCUAGAUUUGAUGGGCGCACCGUUGUUUGUUGUUUUCACGAACCUUCAGAUACAAGGGAGGGGUUAUGA